UCACCUCUGAGUGCUUGCAUGACCCAUUCACCCUCCCCCUUCUUUGUGUGUGGCUCAACAUGAAUACACAGUGUGGCAUAGAUGUCCACUCCAAGCAAGCAGAUGGACCUCCUCGUCCCUAUGGUUUCCUGAGGCCGUAAGCUAAAAGGCCACCCCAACCAACCGGGAGAGUAAUAAAGAAAGUGCAGCAACUGCUUCAACAACUGCGGAGGGAGGAAGAAGAGCAGAAGAGAUUGCGACGACGCGAUCCAUGUCUCGUUUGUUCUGAGAGCAGAUGAAUCAUUUCAACAUCGGCAACGAAGCAUGAAGAACAUCGAGAAGUUGUUCUUCACGUGCACCAGAUGGCAGGUCGAGGAAACCAUCGAUCUCAUCAACUGCCCUUACCAUUACUUCUGCGACAGCGCCUACCGAGGCGACUACUCUCCCACCGUCGACUUGCUGGUGCUCCUCUUCGCCGUCUCAUCUUUCUUCUCCGCCACGGCCUUCACCCUCCGGGAAUUCAGCCUCAGGCGAAGCCGAACGGAGCCCAGCAUCGGAAGCUUCAAAAGAAGGCAUCUGUUGCCUUCAGGUCCGAUUGCACUUACUCUGGUAGUCCUAAUCUUUGCGAAUGGGCAAAGGAUCAACACCAUAUUCCCCCUCUCGCGCUUCGGCCCAGCUCUGCUCCAGCUUGUUUACUUCUCAGCUCUGGCUUUUAGGAAUCGAGCGGAGACCGACAUCAAGUAUGGGGUACUCGAAGCCUCGACUGUGUCGGGGAUUCUGCAUGCGAGUCUGCGCCUCGACUCCAUCAUCUUGCCUUACUACACAGGCUUGGAAGCUCUGACCGACUCCUACUUCUCUGGCGUUUGUACAACGUGUGUGUGCCGAAGAAAUGCUUUGGCGGCAGGAGGGAGCAGCGUUGCGUACAGGGGAUGGUCCAAAACCACAGUGUUGAUAGCCACUGCUCUUUGUUCGAGGAUGGCAUGCAGAAUUGUCGGAGAACAGAAGCUGGCAUUGUCGAUCAGGCUGACACUCGAAGGUGUCAGCUGGCUGUUGAUGGCGAAGGACUCCUUCGACCUGAUGCUGGGUGUUGUUCCACAGGGGAGUCUGCUAACGACGGUGGUUUAUGCCGGGCUCUGCUUUCUGAUCUUUCUCAAUUUCCUCAGAAUGGUAUUCAAUCUCUCGGUCUCCGUAGCAGAAAAGCAUCACAAGAAAGAAAUAAUAGUUAUGUGCCGUAACGAUGUUGAAAUGGCACGGUGAGCAGAAAAAUCAUACGAAUUACUUGCUUGUAAAAUGAUUCUUUCAUUUUAUCGAAAACAGAUGCUAUGAACUUGUACAGCUUUUGUACAUUGAGUUACUGAGAACAGCAAGUUUCUCGAUUCAGUUU